AUGGGAUCUGACGGAAUCACCAAUGGCGCACGGCCGAAGGUGUUGCAACUGGGGAAGAUUGAGCACGCCUCCGACGCAUGGAGCGCCAUAGCCCAAAUCGCUGACAUUGUGGUGCCCCAAGCCACCAGCCGUGAGGAGUUCCUGGCCAUGGCCAAGGCAGGCGACUUCGACGGCUGCGUGGUGGCCUACCGCACCUUCGACUCCGUGUCCUUCACCGGCAAGGUCGACGCGGACUUCGUCGCGGCAAUGCCCCCCUCGCUGCAGUUCAUCUGCCACAACGGCGCCGGCUACGACCAGAUCGACGUCCCUGCAUGCACGGCCAGGGGUAUCAGGGUCUCCAACACGCCGACGGCCGUCGACGACGCCACGGCGGACAUCAACAUGUUCCUGAUCCUCGGUGCGCUGCGCAACCUCGCCGUGUCGAUGCACAGCCUGCGUCAGGGCAAGUGGCGAGGGAGUCCCGUGCCGGCUCUCGGCCACGACCCCCAGGGCAAAGUCCUGGGCAUCUUGGGCAUGGGCGGCAUUGGGCGCAACCUGGCGAAGAAGGCCCUCGCGUUCGGCAUGAAGAUCCGCUACUACAACCGCACGCGGCUGCCCGAAGACCAGGAAAAGGACUGCGAGGCUGAGUAUGUGGACUUUGAUACCCUGCUGAAGACCAGUGAUGUGCUCAGCUUGAACCUGCCCUUAAACCCUCAUACUAGACACAUCAUCUCUACUCCACAGUUCGACAUCAUGAAGUCUGGCGUGGUGAUCGUGAACACAGCGCGGGGCGCCGUCAUGGACGAGGCGGCUCUCGUCGCCGCUCUCGACGAUGGGAAGGUUGCCUCUGUGGGAUUGGACGUGUACGAGGACGAGCCCAAGAUUCACCCCGGCCUGUUGGAGAACCAGAGAACACUUCUGGUGCCUCACAUGGGCACAUGGACGCUUGAGACGCUCGUCAAGAUGGAGGAGUGGGCCAUCAGCAACGUGCGCUCGGCCGUUGAGGAGCGUCGCCUGGUCAGCAUCGUCCCAGAGCAGAAGAGCAUGGAGUGA